CUUUGUUAUUGUUUAUGUUUUUGGCUGAAAAAUGGCCACGAAGCUAAAUGUGAACAUCCGCGUAAUGCUGAACAACUGCGAGGAGCUAGCCAAGAACGAGGCUAACUUCUGGCGCCUGCAAAAGUUCAUCAAAGCGCUGGACAUAAUGGUCGCCGAGCUGCAAGACAUGGACGACUCACGGAGUGCGCGCAGGAUCUCCGGGUACAAAGAGCGCCUCCAGGCCCUCAAGCUGACCACCGGCUACACGGAAAGUACGAAAAUCCAAACGAACGAGGUCGAGGCUGCGGAAGUAUCCCUGAAGGAGAUGCGGCAGAUCGAGAGCACGAAGAACUACAACCACAUGCGAAAGGAUCUACUGGAGGUAGAUGGCGACGCCCUACGGCGACGACGUGGCGUUGCCGAGGACGCCGGCGGCAGUGGCAGUCCCAGCGGCAGCUCCAAUAGUCCGGCCACCGAAGGCGACAACUUGAACGAGGCUGUCAAGUAUUACAAUCAGAAGCAGGAGAAAAUUACAGAGCACAUGCUCUCGCUGACGCGCAACCUCAAGGAGCAGACGAUGACGGCCAAUCGCAUUAUAAAACGUGACACCGAAUUGGUGACCAAAUCCUCUGGCAUGGCAGAUCGCAACAUCAAUUCGCUCGGCAAGGAGGUCGAGACCCUAGAGCAGCACUCGCGCAGUGCCUACAAAUGCUGGGCCUGGAUGCUGUUUGUCUUUGUGUUCUGUACAUUUGUAGGCAUGGUGUUUUUCAUGAAAAUCAUGAAGAAAAAGAAAACGUAGACUACGGUCUCCAAAUAAACCUAAAGUCUCAAGAAGCUUCAUGUCUUUCUAUAUAUCAAUCCGAAAAAAGCUUUAGUUCAUUCUGUUCCCCGAGCUCUUCAAGAGUUCAAAAGGUUAUCAAAAGCUCAGCAAAUGUUACCCCCAAAUGGUUUAAACAGACAAACAUUAAACGAUCGAAAGCCGC